CGGACUCAGCGGAGGUUUUUCCGGAAGUUUGGGAACUUGGAACUUGGGACUCGAAUUCUGGGGACUUCAUCAUAAUUCAGUUUUGAUUGUUCAAUCAAUUGCUCUGAUUUCGACUUUCACCCCGGUCUAUCCUCGUUGAGGAGAGCAGUUCAAAGAUGUCGCAAACCAUCGGAAAGACACGUCUCGCCUACUCUCGUACAUGGCACUAUGUCGACGUCGGCUCUGACCCGCGCUCGCUCGGCCGCCUGGCUUCCUCCAUCGCCCUGUUCCUCAUGGGCAAGCACAAGCCCAUCUACGACCCUUCGACAGACUGCGGAGACUACGUCGUCGCUGUAGGCUGCAGCGACCUGCGGACUACGGGAAAGAAGCGCUUCCAGAAGAAGUACUACACGCACACCACGCGGCCCGGCAGCCUGCGAAGCAUGACCAUGGACCAGAUGUUCGAGAAAUGGGGCGGUGGUGAGGUUCUGCGGAGGGCUGUUCGGGGGAUGUUGCCUAAGAACCGGCUUCGGGAUAAGAGGUUGGCUCGUUUGAAGACCUUCGAGGGUCUGGCUCAUCCUUACAAGGAGAAUAUCGUAAAGUUCGGCAACAAGUCGGUUAUUGGCAAUUUGCCGGAGGUGCAACAGGCCUUCAAGAAGCCUGAGGUUGAGGCUGAGGCCAAGCAGUCUGCGUGAACGGUGCCUGGUCAGGGGGACGAAAUCGAACAAAAGCGAAUUAUUCUCCCGCUCGGAUGCGACGCCAUCUGCUUCUGUAACUCUAUAUUUUCUGUGCUAUUUUAGGACCGAUUUUACUAGCGCAUGGGUGGGAGUUUUGUGACUUAUUGUUUUUUUCUUUCUCAGGAUAUCUUCUAUUCGAUCAUUCCCAACAGUUUCCUCCUUUGAAGCGGGAUUCAGUCGUCUACAUGUUCGGUGCUUUCUGUACUAUACGCAAGUGAAAGAUGGAUGAUUGCUAGAUGAAAUACCCUAUUCCCAGAGACUAUGUACAGUUAUGCCUUGGCUAACUCCCGUGACAAAUCAUGAAAUGCAAUCCUUUGACUGAG